AUAUUGAGCUGGGUAACUUGUCAUCCCCCACUUCUGCUUCCCAGACACUGAGUCUGGGAUGAAAAUUCACCUGCCUCUGAGUUGGCCACUGGUGGGGGGCGGGGUGUUACUUGGCUUCCCAGGUUGGAAGAUUAGCUCACCAGUCCUAGCUAUAUAAGCUGGCUGGUGUGGAGGGGUUCAGCAAGGCCAACUUGAGGGACUCAUUCCACACGAGAAAAACAUACAGACUGACUUCAGGCCGACAUGAUGGUGCUGAAAGUAGAAGAUCUGGUCACAGGGAGGAAGAACAGCAGUGGGGAUGCCGGGGAGUUCCUUCCUGAAGAUUUCAGAGAUGGAGAGUAUGAAGCUGCUGUUACUUUAGAGAAGCAAGAGGACCUGAAAACACUUCCAACCCACUUUGUGAACCUGGGGGAGCAACAGUGGAAAACUGAGAAACAACGAGAGGCAGAGCUCAAGAAGAAAAAACUAGAACAAAGAUCAAAGCUUGAAAAUUUAGAAGACCUUGAAUUAAUCAUUCAACUGAAGAAAAGGAAAAAAUACAAGAAAACAAAAGUUCCAGUUGAGAAGAAACCUGAACCGGAAAGCAUUACAGAACCUGUGGAUGUGCCUAGGUUUCUGAAGGCUGCCCUGGAGAAUAAACUGCCAGUAGUAGAAAAAUUCUUGUCAGACAAGAACAAUCCAGAUGUCUGUGAUGAGUAUAAACGGACAGCUCUUCACAGAGCAUGCCUGGAAGGAAAUUUGGCAAUUGUGGAGAAGUUAAUGGAAGCUGGAGCCCAGAUCGAAUUCCGUGAUAUGCUUGAAUCCACAGCCCUUCACUGGGCAAGCCGUGGAGGAAACCUGGAUGUCUUAAAAUUGUUGCUGAACAAAGGAGCAAAAAUCAACGCAAGAGAUAAGCUGCUCAGCACAGCGCUGCACGUGGCAGUGAGGACUGGCCACUACGAGUGUGCAGAGCAUCUCAUUGCCUGCGAGGCGGACCUCAACGCCAAAGACCGAGAAGGAGAUACCCCGCUGCACGACGCCGUGAGAAUGAAUCGCUAUAAGAUGAUCAGGCUCCUGAUUAUCCACGGCGCUGACCUCAACAUCAAGAACUGUGCUGGGAAGACUCCCAUGGAUCUGGUGCUCCACUGGCAGAAUGGCACCAAAGCAAUAUUCGACAGCCUCAAGGAGAACUCCUACAAAGCCUCCCGCAUCACCACGUUCUGAGCAAAUGACACAUUGGCUGCUCUUCAUCAGCAUUUUGAAGGCACAGCCACAGAGAAGAGCAUCUAGUCACACAAUCCAGCUGUUAAUCAACCUGUUGUAAAGCUGCACUUAAUGAAGUUUGGAGAAAGCACAGAGAUAUAGAUAAUUGAAAUUUGCCUUCAUGAAACCUGCUCUAUUUAUUUCUAUUUAUUAUGAUUUAUUUAUUUCAUUUACUUCAAUAACUAGUGAUCCUUAUGCCAUCCAUUUGGUGAGCAAAAUUUCAUUUGUAUAUAUCACAUCAGAGCCUUCCCUAGAGUGUUCUUAAACCACGUUGACGAGCAAUAUGCUCCCAGUGCCUCCUGGCUGCUUAAGCUAUUUCAAGGUGUUGGUAAAAGACAGAGGUGAUUUUUGCAACUCUCUUUUCUCCUGAAAUUUUAAUGCUGAAGUUUGAGGCAAUGAAAGACAUGUAGUGGCAGGGAAGGGAUGGGGUGAAAUUGAUGCUUCGGGAAGGACAGGAAAGCCAGCCGUUGUACAGCUGGGCUUGGUAUUUGCCAAGUCACACCCUCAGCAAAGACCAGAGAAUGCGCUGAGUGCGAAAAGAGCAUAGAACAGGGAGUGGCAUCCAGGCCAUGCAGAAUGGAAUUCUCUCAAGAACAUGAAAGUGACGAUGGAAUGUAAAUGUGUAAA